GAGACUGGCGCGGUGACGUCACGGGAGGGGGGAGAGCUGGGAGCCUCACCCAGGCUGGGUUGGUGGCGCUGUGUGUCCCGAGCUGAGGAGGACAAGCGGGAGGCGGCGGGGAUCCCAGGCAGCGCCCGGGCCCAUACAGGAGAGGGAGGACAGCGGGCACGUGGCUGGUGUAGAAGAACUAGUACAGCUACAGAGUUCCAAGAGUCCCUUUCGGGUAUCCUGGUCCAUCCAGCUCUCGUCAUCGGAGGUUUGUCCUCUCCUGGGACCCCAAGGGCUCGAGCGUGGCGAGAUUGGAGGAAUGGGGUUCCGGUCCAGUAAAGAAACGGAGCUGUGGAGUUAAGUCAAAGCCUGCAUCAUGCGUGAAUACAAGCUAGUUGUCCUGGGCUCAGGUGGUGUCGGGAAGUCAGCGCUGACUGUCCAGUUUGUCCAAGGAAUUUUUGUCGAAAAAUAUGACCCCACAAUAGAAGACUCUUACAGAAAGCAAGUUGAAGUUGACGGCCAACAAUGUAUGCUCGAAAUUUUAGACACUGCAGGAACGGAACAAUUCACAGCAAUGCGUGAUCUUUAUAUGAAGAAUGGGCAAGGCUUUGCAUUAGUGUACUCUAUAACUGCACAGUCUACAUUUAAUGAUUUACAGGACCUCAGAGAACAGAUCCUCCGAGUCAAAGACACUGAUGAUGUGCCAAUGAUAUUGGUUGGGAACAAAUGUGACUUGGAAGACGAAAGGGUUGUUGGCAAGGAACAGGGGCAGAAUCUAGCAAGACAGUGGAACAAUUGUGCAUUCCUGGAGUCUUCUGCCAAGUCCAAGAUUAAUGUCAACGAGAUUUUUUAUGAUCUUGUGCGACAAAUAAACAGAAAAACUCCUGUACCGGGCAAGGCACGUAAAAAGUCAACAUGUCAGCUGCUUUAAUACACAGAUGUGCUGUAGCUCUGAGCCAGGUCUGAAGAACUGUUGUCUUAACACAGUGCCAGCAUUCCAACUCCAAUUAUCCCGUCAACAACUCCAAUGGACUUUCCUGUGGUGGUACCCGUUACAAUAUGGAUGGAAGUUGCAAACUCAGAUUGUGCACCAUCAGAUCCCCUCCUAAAGUCACAAGAAAGACUCCCGCUUUGAGAAGUCCUUCACGUAUGCAACUGGGAACAGAGCCCACAUCCAGUAUUACUGCUAACAGAGACAUUGUUCACUCAGCAAUGUUUUCAUGCGUCCAAAAAACGUGUACUGUAUUCUUUCACAAGCCCUUCCCUUCUAUCGGAGUGUACAAUGAAUAGCACCACUAUUUUAGCUUACUAAACGAGAAAGUCCAAAGAGCUCCUCUAUAGACUACUCCCGAUGACCUUGCAUCUUUGGUAUUUGUAGCUUCUUGUAACUAUUUUUUCCCCUUCCUUUAAAAGAAAUACAAGAGCAACAUCUAUUGCGUUGUACAAAGUGCUUCUCACAACUGAUUUUUGCCUUUCUUCCUUCCUUCAUUCAUUUUUAGGGAAUCCUGUGGAGACUUGUAUUGCACCCUUCUGGAGGCAAAGGAGUCAUUACAAUAAAUGUAUUUCUCAUAGUCUGUCUUGGUUGACCAGUCUGCCUUUGAUGUCAUUUUCGAGGGACGUUCCUGAGUUGUCAAGUAUUUCCAUUUCCCCAGUCCGUUUACAUAGGGACAAAUGUUUAUAGAUGUGUAUACAGUGGGGGUCUACAACGAGAAGUGUAUAUUUUAAGAGUUCUUUUCUUUUUAUGAUUUAUCAAUAUUUUGUAAAUCAUUUCCAGGCUUCUGCUACUGUAGAAUCUCACUGUGAGCCCUUGUCUUUCCCCUUGCUUGCUCAUGCAUUUGUGUAUUUGCAAUACCAAAUAAUCCAGAUUUAGUCCCUUUUUUUCCUGUCAGUGGUUGUUUCCCAUGUGUAUUGUUUUGGUUGCGUUGUUAAAUGGUGGAAGAGUCCAGUGGAUGUGAAUGUUGGACGUAAUUUGAAAUCCUGUGUUAUCAGUCACAAGCCCUGCGUUGCAGUAAUUAUCUUUUUUUUUUUUUUUCUUUUUUUUUUGCCGGUUUAUUUAUCAAUGCCUUGUUGCUUUGUAUGCAUUAACGUUGGGGUGUACAAAUUGUGUAUAUAUCCAGCAGGGAACCACAGUAAUUCAAUUGACCAACCUAAUGCUACAACUGCUUUAUGGUGGCCAAAUGUAAAACUUAAAAGCCUUAAAUAAAGUGGUGCAAUUUUGUAUAAUUUAGCAUCCAUUCAAUAAAUUUGCAUUGCCAUGCAAGGGCUCUCAUUAGGAGUAUCUGCCACUUUAGUGCUUUCUACUAAAAGCACUUGUUAGCUCCGGCAUCACUGCAUAAACACCCUGCAGCCUUCCCCUCUUAUGUGCCAAUUAGGAGACACGUCGUAUAGGGCCCUCCAGCGUCACGGCCGGUUCUACAGAAUGAUACAUGAACAUUUUGUGAAAGUCAGUUUAAUUCUUUGCUCUGGAAGAUGCCUACAGCAGUAUGAAAUCCAUCACAGAUAGCAAUGAAAGCAUAAACCGUUGAAUGACUUUCUUGAGUUUACUUACAGGUGUUUUUGUUCACAUUGUGCAUUAAAGGUUAAUUAUCUCAUCCUUUUCCUUCUGCUUAUUUUGUUCAGGCAGCAAACUGAAGGCUAUAGUCAGCUGAGGACAAACUCCAUUUCAUGUGACUUGUAUUUGCUUUGCCACAGUGGCAGUCUGUUCUCAAACGCCUUUUUUCCCAUUGCUUACAGAUUGUGUUUAUUCUUCUCCCCCUUGCGAAUUGACGUCUGAACUCUGAAUAUACACAGGCAGAAAUAAAAUACUGUACUUUCUUGUAUGCAAAUCUGUUUCAUUAUCCUCUGAGAUCUGCUGAUAACUAGCCACAACAUAUGUCUAAAUCUGUAGCAUCUAAGCAAAGAGUCUCUUGUCUACCAAAAUAAAAUGCAUUUGGAUUUAA